CAGAGUGUUUGUCAACAGAAGCUUGGCAAUGGAGAAGAUUAAAUGCUUUGGCUUUGACAUGGAUUACACUUUAGCAGUGUACAAGUCACCAGAGUAUGAGUCCCUGGGUUUCGAGCUGACGGUGGAGCGGCUGGUCUCAAUCGGUUACCCCCAGGAGCUGCUCAGCUUCGUCUACGACCCGACCUUCCCCACCAGGGGUCUUGUGUAUGAUACCAUGUAUGGAAACCUGUUGAAGGUUGAUGCCUACGGUAACAUCCUGGUCUGUUGCCAUGGAUUCAACUUCCUCCGAGGCCCCGAGAUCCGCGAACGGUACCCAAACAAGUUCAUCCAGAGGGAUGACACAGAGCGCUUUUAUAUCCUUAACACACUCUUCAACCUGCCAGAGACCUACCUCUUUGCUUGUCUUGGGGAUUUUUUCUCCAACUGUGAUAGAUACACAAGCUGUGAAAGUGGCUUCAAAAAUGGCGACCUCUUCAUGUCCUACCAGAGCAUGUUCCAGGACGUCCGCGACGCCGUCGACUGGGUCCACUUCAAGGGUACUCUCAAGCAGAAGACGGUGGAGAACUUGGAGAAAUAUGUUGUGAGAGAUGGGAAGCUGUCUCUUCUCCUCAGCAGAAUGAAUGAAGUAGCCAAGGUUUUCUUGGCUACCAACAGCGACUACAAAUACACAGAGAAAAUCAUGACCUACCUGUUUGACUUCCCCCACGGCCCCAAGCCUGGAACCUCCCACCGGCCCUGGCAGUCCUACUUCGAUCUGAUCCUGGUGGACGCCAGGAAGCCGCUGUUCUUCGGAGAGGGGACGGUGCUCAGACAGGUGGACACGAUAACAGGGCGUUUAAAGAUUGGAACCUACACUGGACCUCUGCAGCACGGCAUCGUCUACUCUGGAGGUUCCUCGGACAUUGUGUGCGACCUGCUGGGGGCCAAGGGGAAGGACAUCGUGUACAUCGGGGACCACAUCUUCGGAGACAUCCUCAAGUCCAAGAAGCGCCAAGGCUGGAGGACGUUCUUGGUGAUCCCUGAGCUCGCCCAGGAGCUGCACGUGUGGACCGACAAGAGCUCGGGGGGUCUCUCCCCCUCAUCUUGCUGUGUGUGCAGUCAGUGGGUGUGGGGCAGGCAGAAGGACAACGCUUGCUGCAGGAGUGGGAGUUAAUAUAAUUUAAUAAACACCUUUUCAUUCUU